AUGGAUCGUCUCACGGAGACGAUGGCGUCGACAGAUCUUUCGUCUGACCACAACGAAACUUCUCUACGCUGUAUCAGAGCUCAGCGCGCUACUGCUAACGAGCUUCUGGCCGACUCUUCCACCCUUGCGCACCGCCAGCACGCAUCGUACACGAACCAAUCACCCGACAUUUGCCAACGCAACGCAAACAUGUUAGAUCUCGCCGUCGAGGUCCUAGAACAUGUUGUCUCUCUUGUCGGCCCUCAAGAAGUCAUUGCUCUUCGUUCGACUUGCAAGAAGCUUGAGGGGGCCGCGACUGACAGCUUCAUCGAUCACUUCGUUAGAUGCCGUCGCCAUGCCAUCACCGUUCGAAGUCUCAAGGCCUUGCUCGAGGUUACCGCUCACCCUUGUUUCGGCAAAUUUGUCGACAAACUCAUUCUCGAUACCACCUUUCCCUUCCGGGAGAUCGGAGAAGAGCUCCUGGUCGUUGUAGACGAGCGCUUGACUUAUGAUGAUUUCUACUCGUUUGUCUACAAAGCACUGUCUGCUCUCAAGGUACACGGCAAGCCCACUAUCCUGGGUCUGACCGAUCGUAAUCCCGCCAGCUUUGGCAUGAAAGAGCUGUUGUCUCGACCUACAGCUCACCACUUCCCGCAAGAAAGGGACGCAGUCUUUUCGAUGCUACGCCAUAUCGCAGAACGUGACGAAGUUAGUCUGAAGAUCGGUGGAUUCGACCUGGAAUUGGUGGGAACUCAGAGACCUCAUCUUAUGGGGUUAGAUGCGCUCGCGUUCGCAAGUGGAGUCGGCCAAUAUGUCGCUAGAGUGUCGACCCUCACUUCGUUCAGCAUGAAGGUUGCAAUGCCACCAGAUUCUAGUGACGUUGGCGUGGUUUGCGAUUUCAAGCGCGAGACUCUGGUGAUGAGCGGAAUCAACAUGUGGCACGGGCCUAGAAGCAUUUUCUUCGGACUGUUCUGCCAGACGUAUUGGCCAUGGGCAUUACGUCUCAAGGACAUGACGCUGGUGGAAUGCCAUAUUGGUGGCUUCUAUGACUCCAUUGUGUUCGACUUUUGCCUUCACAUGUGUUUCGCAACGCUCGAGACAAUCAAGCUUUCGAGUAUCGCCAUCAAGAGUGAGCUGAGAUGGAGCGUCGUACUCCAAUGGCUUGCUAGAGCCCGUCGCCUGAAGAGGUUCGAACUUAGUACGCUCACACGCAACAUCGAUCGGAUCAUCAACUCCGAACCACGCAGAGCUUCAAUCCAGCACAUUGAUGAAUGGUGUGGUUCUGGCGAUGAGAUCUCAGCCGAAUUACUCGACUUGUCCGCUAUUGUCCAGGCAGAUGAAGAUGCAUGGGAGUCUAUCGGUCUUGGAGAGCCGAGAAAAUGGGUAGUGUACACGAAUGGUCGCAACAAGCACCUUGGCAAGGUGCCUGAACCAAUGCUAUUCUCUGCAAAUGCUGAUCCGGACGUCCUUCCUUGA